GGGAGAAGGGCACGGCUAGAGCACCCGGGCUCUCUGCCGCCUCCCCUGCCCGCCGCGAGAGGAGGAACACGGGCAGGGGAGGGGACGCGCCCCGGCGGGGGCGGGAGGGUCCGCCCAGGCAGCCGAAGCCGACGGCUGCCCGCGCCUCGCCGCUCCGGCCAUGGGAGCCGGACUGCUGCCGCUUGCCUCGCUGCCCCCGGCCGCGGGGCCGCCCCGCUGAGCGCCCCUGCGGCAAAGGGUGGCCCCGCCGCCCGCCCGCCCUGGGGAAGGAGCCGGCGUCUCCCGGGCGGUCUCCAUCACCCGCGGUCUGGUGAGGCGGGGACCCCGCGCUGCUGCUUCGCCCCACGGUACCCGAGCCGGGGCCCCUGGUUGCCUUUCUGGCCGUCGGUGGCGGCGGGAGGGCGAGGAUGUCGGGCAGCACGGCGAGGAAAGUGCAGCCCUUCACCAUCAGCACCAAGCUCUCGCUGCCCAAGUGUGCCGCUGACUUCUCCGGAGACGCCUGCCCUGGCAUCGCCUUCGCCUCUGCUCUGGACAGCCAACGCGGCCUCCGCCGCAGCCUCAACGAGCGUAUCUCCCUCUACCUGGCUCAAACCCGCGCCAACCCUGCCGCUCCCGAGGGCCAGCCCCGCAGCCCCAGCGACGAUGAAGGGACCGACGAGGAGCAGCUGACCCGCAACUCUCUCGCCCGUUCCAUUAAGAAGAUCACGCUGUCCAACUGGCAUGGGGAUGCUGGCGCGGGGGACGCGGGGGGACCUGGGGACCUUGCCCGAACCGGCGAUCAGAGGAACCACAACAACAAUAACAGCAGGCCAGGGAAAGCUCAGUUCAAGGUCUUCCUCAGAAAGGAUGUGGAUGUGGAGAACAAGCAUCAGGAGGCUGGGAGCCCCCGGGCUGGUAGUUUCUGCUCUGCGGUGGAGAGAGGUUCCCCCUCCUACAUGCUGGCAGGACCCCUGGCUCCAUCACCUCGGAAAGAGAGCCCCAAAAGCAAGGAGCCCACCGCAGCACCAAGAAGCAGUAGGCGAAGCGGCGCGGGAGCAGCCCCUUUCCUCGACCCAAGCCCUCUGGUAGCCCAGUUCAACCGGGAGAUGAUGCAGGCAGAGGGCUGGGUGCGAGGCAAGCUGUGGGACCUGAAGGACGGCUGCAGCCUGCAGGACUGGGAGGAGGUGGGUCAGACCCUGCAGCGGGACAUGAAGGACUUCGAGAACACGCUGAUAAAGCUCAACCAGAUGGGUGAGCAGCUGAUGUGGCAGGCAAGCCCCAGUGCCGAGGCGGUGCAGAGGCAGCUGCUGGCGUUGCGGGACCAGUGGCAGCUCCUGAAGCAGACAGCUGCCAACCAGAGCAAAGCUCUAGGGGGUCUGCGGAGCCUGCAGGACUUCAACAAGAAGGCUGAACAGCUGGAGGCAUGGAUCAGACACCAGGAGAAGAAGCCCUCUCUAGCAGCCCUUCUGCAGGAGAGCCUGGACAAGAUCCAGCUUACUCGCCGCAUCCUUGACUUGAAGCAGGAGGAGCAGCAGUUCCAGAGUCUGCACAAGGAGCUGAACAGCUUGGCCCAGAAGCUGGAGAAGCAAGGCAAAAGCGAGGGCCGAAGCAUUGCAGCCCGGCGCAAGCACCUCAACAAAACGUGGUUGCGGCUGCAGGGCACCCUAAAGGAGCACCAUGAGGCUCUGCAGCUGGCCCUGGAGGUGACUGCUUUUCUCCAGCAAGCAGAUACCCUACUCAGGGCCAUCAAUGCCAAGCAGAGGAGUGUCUGUGAUGUAGAGAAGCCAGGAGAGGGUGAGCCGUGCCAGGAUCGGGAUGUCAGAGACAUAGCCAGCCAGGUGAUGAUGCUGGAUGUGACUGUGUCCCAGCUCCUCAGCCUGCAGCCCAGCCUGGCAGCCCAAGUCACUUCCAAGCACAGAGAUGUUAAGGAGAGUUGGGUGCAGCUCCAGCAGGUGCUGAGGUCAGAGAAGGUCCCACCACUGGUGAGCAGUUCUCCAGCAGGCAAAGCUGCGGUUCUGAGUGCGGAGCCAGGAGGAGACAAUAGUGGUUGUGGGGCUGUGGGGAAGGAAUCAAAAGAUAAACGGACAAGAGACCUCAGGAACACAGUCUUGAAGAAUGUGCCAGAGAAGAUGGUGGAGCACAGGACAGAGGAGAAGAGCAACCUUGGCUCCACAGCAUCAGGGCAGCCCCCUCGUAGUGACCACAGCAGAAGGCAAAAGAGAGAAACAGAAACUGAAAGGAGGAUGCAGCAGACAGAGGCCCAGGUGCAGGACGUCUGUCAGGCAGUGAACACACAGACUGUGUUCCUGCACAAGGAGAGCAUGGGUCCCAGAGUACCUCCGUGCCCACUGACGGACGGGGAGAGCCUGGAGGCGGUACGUUCACAGCGGGAUCCCAGCUCCAGUGCCAGGGCUGUGCUCUUGGAGCGACCAAUGCCAGGACAGGGCCCAGGGAACCCACAGGUGGAGGCCAUGCUGCAGGAGCUGGGGGAGCUGUGGGAAGACCUGCAGAGGAAGCACCAGGAGAAUGGUGCCGUGCUGCAGGAAAUUGAUAAGGCACUGAGGCUGGUGGGGGAGCUGGAUAAAGCUGAGCGGUGGCUGCAAGCCGUGGCUGAGUCGCUGUCAGAGCCAGCCACCAUGAGGAGCCCAGUGGAGCUGCGUAGAGACCUGGAAGAGACAGACCAGCUGGAGAAGCAGCUCUUGCUGUGCGGCCUCAGACUCCGGGCACUGCGGGAGGAGGUGGUGGGUGAGCCACCCGCUGAGCCAGAGGGAGCAAGGAAGAUGCAGAGGAAGGUGGAGAUGGUGGAGGAUAAGUUGGCACACGUGCAGACAGCCCUGCAGCGCCGAGCAGCAGACCUGCGUGACUCCCUGGUGCUGUCUGAGUUCCUGCAGGACCUGCAAGAGGAGGAAGCACGGAGCCAGCAGGGACCUGCAGCGUGUUUCUAUUGGCUUCAGCCAAGGAGUGGCCGUCGCAGCUUCCAGGGGUCUUUUCCCCCACUUUCAGCCGAGGCUGGACAGCUGCCAAGCAGCAAGGACAUAAGCCACCCCUUGGGAGAACUGCAGGAGGCUGUGGAGAUGCUAAACGAUGCAGCAAAGGAACGAGAGCGAGUCAUGGAGGUGGCAGCAGAGGCAGAAAACCUGGAGCACCUGGUAGCAAAGGUGUCCCCACUCCUGGAGGCUCUUCGCUGCAGAGCUGAGACACUGAUUCAUGACACUGCCCAAGCAGAGAGAGGCUUCACUGCAGUGAAGAGUGAAAAGGACCUCCAGGAGCUGCAGGGCUUGCUGAAUCAGCAGCAGGAGAUGGAGCGUAUGGUGUCAGAAACCCUGCAGGGGCAGCUGAAGGAACUGGAGAGGGGAGAUGCCCACUUGCAAGAGCUCUGCCCCGCUCAGCUGUGCCCUAUCAGCCAGGAGGUGCAGGACACACUGCGGGCCUGGGCAGAGCUGCAGGAGCUGCUGCAGGAGACCCAGGCCCGAGUGCAGCAGGCCAGCCAGCUACGGCACUUCUUCAAGGAUUACUUAGCCAUGAUCUCCUGGACGGAGGAUACACGGGCUCAGAUCUUCUCCGAAAGCCCAAGCAGUCACGGCCUCACAGAGACUCCACAUGAAGAGCUGGAGAGGAGGAUUGAAGGGAAACUCAAGGAGUUUGAGAUGUUGGCAGCAUCGGGACAGCAGCUGGUGUCUGAGGAGCACUACCUGAGUGCAACAAUAAAGGAGCGCUUGGAAGAGCUGCAGAACAUGUUGGGCUGGGUGCUGGUGCGUUGGCGAGCACAGAGGUACCAGCGUGACCCAGGAAGCAAGCAGGAUGACAGAAGGAACACAGAGAGCCCCUUGGGUGCAUCCCUCAGCAGGCAAGAGCAGCAUACCCCACGUGCUCAGCCGCAGCUGGAGAGUGUCCACAGUCCAGUGGAGUUCACAGCCUGCUCCCUCCUCAAGCCCAUGCAAAGACCAGAGUCACAGCUGCCAGUGAGAACGGCUAUUUUCCCACCAGCGUCACCCCUCUCAGACAGCCCAGCGGGGGUGAAGCAUAGCUGGAGGGAGCCCAGGAGCUCAACACCUCACAGUGUGGAACCACCCAAGGAGGGUAUCAUCUGGCAUCCUGCUGAGACCUCCAGGCUGCUGCUGGCCCCACGGAGCCCCAGUGGGCUGGAAGGGACAGUCAACUUCAUCCUUAGCAUUGGCAAGAAGGGGGAGAAGAAAAAGGUGCAGCCAGUGGCCAGCAGUGGGUGGCCAGGAGAGGAUACACUGCAGACGCUCCCCUCCACUAAACUCUCAGGCUGUAAAACAUUUUGGAAGCGUUGCCAGGGCCUUUUAGGAACCACUUGGGGUAGUUUAAAGCGAAAGAGAAAGCCACCUCACCAGCCACUGGAAGAGGCAGAGGCAGAGACUGGGAAAAGCUGCGGUGCAAAGCGGCCUCCUGCUGUUGUCCGCCAAGCCCCAGCAUCCAGCAGCGGGACACCAGCUGCCUCCCACACACUGCCCAAGCCUGGCGCCGGCUCCCUCUUCAACAGCCUUCAGCGGCGGGAGCGAGCGAGGGCUGAGCAGGCCCAGCUGCUGACGCUGCAGGGCAUCAUGGGCGCCAGCUCCGCGCAGCCCACGCUGGAGGAGCACCGCGGUCCCAGCAACACGUGGCCGCAGAAGUGCGGCCGGAGGAGAGAGGGGCCGGCUGCUGCUGCUCCUCUGCCUGGGGAGCUGCUGCUCUACAUCAGGAACCCGCUGGUGCGGGACAUCGAUGCUGAGUGUGGGGCAGCCCCCCAGGGUCCCCAUGUCCCUGGCCCAAAAACUACCUGUCCCCACCUUUCUCUGGGCUCUGUGCUCAGCCUGGAGCUGCCCCGGGACAUAGUGGUCCUGGGGUGUCACCAAGAGGCCACGGCCCAGUGGCAGGAGGUGGAGGGGCAGGAGUGGAAGCAGGGCAGGGAAGUGAAGCCAUGGGAGCCCACAGGUGAGCAUGGAGCCAGAUGGCAGGAGGAGGUAGAUGUGGAUGGGCACAGCUCCCCACAGCCUGAUGAGAGGCUGGGAAAGUCCUCCAAGAGCGGGCAAGGGACAUGGUUUGAGGAGGUGAGUUUCAACCCCAGCUACAGCCAGCAAAGGGCACACUGCACUGAGGAGGAGCACCCCAGAUGUGCCAGUGGAAACCUCCUGGACUUCAGGCCAAGACAGCUGUCCUGUGUCAGUGUGCCACACGAGCAGGAAGGGCAUAAGCUGUUUGCCCAUCUGGGCCGGGAUGGCAGGGCCAGGCAUCAUGAAGCCACUCAGAUAGAGCUUGGUCCAUCCCCUGCUGGCAUCCCAGGCAGGGCAGAAGCCAUUCUCGGCACUGCCUGCACACAGCAGUCAAAUGGCAGCAGCCAGCCUGGAGGGUCCUCAGUGUCCCCUGACACUCCCACUCAGGUCUCUGUUUUUGAGUGGGCACUGGAGUCCCCAGAGCCUCCCAGCCCUGAGUCAAGCACCCAGAGUGUUUGCCAUCCUGCCCACCGGCAGUUUGAGGAAGAGGAGGAGGAGCUGCAGGCCAUCUGGGAUGGAGCAGUGGAGCAACAGAUACCCAGGCCGCCAGCAGGCAGCCCCAGUGCCACCACCAGCAGGCCCCUCAUUCUCUCCUCAGCCAACAACAUGCUAGUAGCCCAGUUCAGUCUUCCCAGCACCACCCAGCUCCUCCGCAGCCCACUGGGAGACAAGAGCCCUCGUGUGGGGCACGGUGGUAGUGGCAGCCCCAGCAGGCAAGUCGUGUCCCCAUGCGUGGAGGAGCUGGUGUCCACAGUCCCCUUGGAUGGCCCUGGCUCCUCGGAUCAACGGAGGCAUGGGGAAGAGGAAAGAGAGCACAACAAGGUCCCUCCUGGUAAAGCAGAGUUUCAGAUGAUGGAGGGGUCACUGGAAAGGAAGCACGUCUUGCAGGCAGGAGGGAGGAAGGCCAGCUGCAGGGCCUGGGGCCUCUUUCAUGCUGUGCUGAUGCGACAGACACUGUGCUUCUACCAGGACCGCAGGGACAGCCUCAAGAGCUCCGUGGUGGCCCUUCCCCUGAACCUCUCUGGGGCGGUCUGCACCCCAGAUGCUGAAUACACCAAGAAGACCAACUGCUUCAGGCUUCAGCUGCGAGAUGGCUCUGAGUACCUCUUGAGAGCUCCUUCCCAGACCCUCAUGAAUGAAUGGGUCUUCAAGCUGCAGCAAAACUCAGGAUUCCCAGAAGUGGAUUACUUCCAGGCAGCAGCAGCACAGUGUGUUGAGGGCGCUGGUGGUGCUGGAGGUUUCAGCAAGGUCCCUAGCCCCAGGAGCUCCCACCUCCAAGGACAACAUCAGGUCACAACCACCAAGAGCCAAGAGGUCGUAGUGCUACCUCGCUCAAACACCCACCUGCAGCGGUCUCUGGGCAGCCAGGAUGGCACAGAAGAUGGGGCUGUGGCAGCAGCAGAGGAUGCUCAUGGGGCUGGGCACAGGAAGCAGCAGUGGUCACCCAGGGGUUCUCCUGGGCUGUGGGACAGCAGCUGCCCGGAAGAUGACUAUGGGCUGGUGGCUAACAAGAGGAGGUCCUACUCCUUCACCUCAGCCACCUACCGGAAGAUUACCCCAGUGGCUGUGCCCAAGGAGCCAGUGGAGGCCGGGAGCAGCUACUCAGUCACACUGUAUAUUGGGGAGCAAACACCAGUCAUGCCCCGGGCACGCUGCCACUCCUUCGUGGCCCAGCCAGGGAGCCCACGAGAUGUGCCAGGGGAGAAGACCCCUGCACCUCCUCGCCCCAAGAACAAAUCUGUCUUCAAGAAGUUCUUUGGGAAAAAGGAGUGAGCCACAUCUGAAGGGGAGAAAUGCCCCAUCCUUCUCUUUACCCUUCUCUUGGGUGCCAUCCUGGCAUGAUCUGCACUCCCAGCACCAGCUCACUGCUCACCACCUCCCCAGGGGAGACAGGCAGUGGCAAGUGGCUCCACUCCAGCCUGCCCCAGGGCUGCACAACACCCCAGCCUCAGCCUGGUGCUGAGCCCCACUCCUGCCCACCCGCCAAGUGCUCUCCCAGGGUGCCACUGGCUCCCCCGGCAUCCUGCCAACACACAGCACAAGCAGGGGUGGGGGGGGUUGUUUUUAUUAAAAAAACAGAACAGA